AUGGUGGACCUGGAACAUACAUGCGCCUACGAAACAAAACAAGACUUCCACAAACAAGCUACUUCACGAAUUAUAGCUUCUGUAUUAAAAUCCAAAUACAGUGAUCCAGCAAGUGGCCCAAACGCUUCCGCGGUUCAACAACUGGUUCUACAGGAACAACGAGUUUCUGCAUCGUGGAUGAAAUGCUACCGCGCCAAGGGACAAGCUCUUGCUACCUUCCGUGGACACGACCAGGAUUCCUACUUGCGGCUUCCUGCCUACCUUCAUAUGCUAAAGCUUGCCAAUCCCAACACAGUAACUGCGUUAGAAACCGAUACAGAUAAAGAUGGUUCGCUGAGAUUCCGCUAUGUCUUCGUUGCUUUUGGGGCAUCAAUUUUAGGAUUUCGUUGCCUACGCCGGGUUCUGAUCGUAGAUGGCACACAUUUAUGGGGCAAUUUCAAAGGAGUUCUGCUAACGGUUUGUGGGCAAGAUGCCAAUUUCCAAGUCUUUCCCUUGGCAUAUGCCGUUGUUGACGCCGAAAACGAAGACGCGUGGACAUGGUUUUUUAUGAAAGUGGAACAUUUACUAUCUGACAGUUCAAAUCUGACUAUCAUAUCAGAUCGUGCUGAUUCAAUUUACACAGCAAAAGAAAGGGUUUUUCCUAAGGCACACCACGGUGCCUGCAUUGUUCAUCUUCAGCGCAACGUCAAGUCGAGAUUUAAGAACAAGGGCCUGGCCACACUUCUUUCAAAUGCAGCUUACGCCUAUAGGCAAGGCAAUUUUCGCGAUGCGUUUGACAAAAUACGGGACUGUAGUCCUCAGUGUGCCGCAUACCUGGAAACCAUUGGUCAUGCCCAUUGGUCACACUAUUAUUUUAGGGGUGAACGAUUCAACAUCAUGACUAGUAACGCUGCAGAGCAACUUAAUAAUGCUUUGAAGAAAGGUCGAGCCUCACCCAUUGUCGAGCUGCUUGUUUUCAUCCAGAGGAUGAUGUCUCGUUGGUUUUGUGCACGCCGGAAUAAAGCGGCCAAAUGGGAAGGUCUAUCAACACCUGAAGUUGACAAAUUGAUAACUAAGCACAAAGCAGAAGGCACCCUCAGCAAAAUAAACCACUUAUCCAAUGGGAGUUGCGAGGUAAUUGGUCGUUUGGUAGAAAAGAAUCGCGUUAUGGUCCACGAUAAGAAAUGCAGUUCCACCUACAAGGAAGUAAUUAACCCUGAAGGAGAUCCUGACGAUGCCGAUCUCCCUCAAUCUAUUGUUGACAUGGUCUUACUACCUCCUAAAUCUAAAAGACCUUCAGGCAGGCCUACAGGAAAAAGAAUUCCUUCAAAAGGAGAGUUACGGCCAAACCGGAUCAAGAAAACAGUUCAGAACAAGUGUGGACGAUGCCACCAGAGUGGGCAUAACCGCAUCAGCUGUACAAAUCCACUAUGA